CCAGGUAUAAAAACUGCACUACCAACUGAAGAUAUCGCAAAAAAGGAUUUUUUUUUACCAACGACAAAUUUCAAGGAAUCGGAUUCUGGGCAAGGAAAACUAUCAAUUUUCCUCAGCCUGGGAUCGAUUUCUUGAGUGUAACACAUGGACAUGGCCGAGGACAAAACUUAUUACAAAAUAUUAGGAGUUGAAGUGGAUGCCACUCGUGCAGAGAUCAACAAAGCUUACUACCAUAAGGCAAAACUUGUACACCCUGAUAAAAACCAUGGAGAUCCAGAGGCUGCUGCUCAAGAUUUCCAGGUACUAGGAGAGGCUUAUCAGGUAUUAAGUGACCCUGAAAAUCGUGAAGUAUAUGACAAGUAUGGGAAAGAGGAAGUAAUGAAGGAUACUAUGGUUGAUCCUACAGUUCUGUUCGGAAUGAUGUUUGGAAAUGAAAUUUUUGAGAAUUAUGUCGGACAGCUUUCAUUGCUUUCUUCACCACCCUCUGAAUUUGAUCCCGACUUACCCCUUGAAGUUCAAAAACCGAAGCUUGAGAAGUUAAUGAAGGCAUUGCAAGAAGAAAGGGAAGAGAAACUUCAAAAAGUGCUGAAAAAUCGUCUUGAACAAUACGUUACAGGUCAAAAAGAUGAUUUUGUAGAAUCUGCAAAAUUAGAAGCAAAACGUCUUUCUCAAGCUGCUUUCGGUAAGGCCAUGUUGCAUACUAUUGGAUACAUCUACACAAGGCAAGCUGCAAAAGAAAUUGGAAAGGGGAAGCGCUACUUGAGGGUUCCAUUUCUAGCAGAAUGGUUUCGGGAUAAAACACACAAAAGAAGUACGCAGUCUGCAGCUGCUCAAGCUGCUAUUAUCUAUAUUCAACUACGAGAGGAAUGGAGGAGGUUUAGUGUAGAAGAGAUUAAGGAUGAGAACACGAUGAAAAUGGUUGAAGAACUAAAAGACGCAAUUUUUCACUCUUUCUGGCUAAUGAAUGUAGCAGAUAUUGAAAUGACUGUAUCUCAUGUAUGUCAAGCGGUUCUCAAAGAUUCCAGUGCUUCCAAGGACACUCUCAGGCUACGGGCCCAUGGAUUGAAAAAACUCGGUGCUAUUUUCCAAGAAACUGUCCUCCAGAGCAAAGAGAAUAUAUUUGGCUGCUCAGGUUAAGUGAUGACUCCAAACACAUUCAAGUCAAUUUACACAUUCAGGAAAGCCGUGCGGCCACUAAAACAACAAAUUUGAAGAAUCUAGAAUUACGAGGUACUGGGUUUGAGACUCCAUAAAACGGAUGUUUAUCUCAUUUUAUAACAGUUUCAUUCAUUUUUUUAUUAACAUAUGCAAUUAGUAAAUAAUUUUAAUAUAAUUACAAGGACUUAUUUCUUGUGUUUCGAUGCUUCACUAAAUUGAAAAGAUUAAAGAGGAGAUCUUCAGUGAGAUUAAAUUACUUAGCAAUCAUCCCUGUGAAUAAUUUUAUUUAAUUUGUGGUUAAAUGAUAUUAGGUGCCAUAAUUUAUUCAAUCAAUUCAUUAGAAAAAGUAAAGUAAAGCUAUUUGUCUAGAUUAAAUUAAGAUUCAUUCUCGAGAAGUAUAGUGGGAGGAAUUGCAUGGAAACAGAACCCUGUUGAUAUGCUUCUGCUAUACUAAUAUCCCGACAGCUCACAACUAUUUUCAUGCAAGGAAAAAAGAAAAAAGCGUGUUUUGAAAGAUGUCAACUCAUGAACCAAUAAUUGUCGAAGUUGAAUGGAGAUAAUGGGUUUACUAGGUCUUCUUUAGAAAUAUGGUUUACUUGGAUAACGGGGAGCUGUCCUAACACCACUUUUCGAAAAAGAAAAGUAAAGGAAAAAUUAAUUAAUUAAAAGGGUGAUAGUGCUUCUGAUCUUUACUCCCCACCAUCCUCCUUUUGAGUGGUGUUUGGUGCAUUGUCUUUGUCGUUUUGGAUGAUUGAAAGCACUACACCUCCACAAAAGCUAUUUUUAGCCCAACCUAAUUUGUCUACAAACCACACCAAAUGACACUUAUGGCCCUCUGUUCUUCUUCUUCUUAUAUAAUCUCAUAUUGUGACUAUUAUUAUUCUUUUUUCAGCUUUUGUAUGAUAUAAAAAACUUAGUGAAGCAGACAACUCUUUCCUUAGAGUGCAUGUAUACUCAUGAAACCCAUAUUAAAUGAUCUUUUCUUGGCGCAAUAUUCACCACAGUUAUGUAAUAAACUUAAGCUAAACCAAUUUGCAUUAAAAUGUAAAAUUUAUCUAAUGUUAAAUAUUCUCAUGCACAUGUAUCUAUGGUGAUGAAACCCUUCAUUAUUAGCAUAUAUGUUCAUCUAUUGACUUUAAUCUCAGCUUUUUUCCAUUUAUAUUUAACUUGGACAAAAACAUUACUGGUGAAUUAGGUAGCCCAUCUUACUUUUAUACAAAUUUGAAUAUUAAUUCCAUUUUUCAAUGUUGCUAUAGUUAAUGCCUCAUUUUCAUUUACUUACUAUGAGGGGCAGUGUAGAUGAUAUGAUUUGAUGAUGAAGAUUUAGGGCUCCGUUCCAUUUGUGUGCACUCAGUGUUUUGCAUUAGUUAAUGCAUUUUUAUCCACUAACUGCAUAGACUUAGUGCCCCAACAACGAUAAAAUGCUGUCCCUCAACUUUAUGUUUUUGAAUUCUUAAACUAAUAAAGCUUGAAAAUGCGCUUCUUUAUAUUAGAAUAUGGUUUUCCAGUUUAUCCCGAAUGCUUUGUUUAUGAUCUCUGCAACAAUAUACAAAGGACUGCACUGCACUAUCUCUCUCUUUGUGUUUAUUUGCUUUCAUAGUGAA